AUAGUUGACCUGUGUUUCAUUUAGGUUAUGUUGUUGUUUUUGUUUUUGGUAGUUCUUAUUUUUCGUUCAUGUAAAGCAGAUUUCUUGUCUACCAUUUGUUAGGAUUAUUCUAACUCUUUUUGAUGCAUGGUCUUGAUGUUUGUCUUUAAUUUAUUAUAUUUUUAUCUCUUCGACAUUUUCAAAUAUUUUACUUAUAUGUACAUCGUAUGUUUAUAUUGGUUGAUUUAAUUUAUUUGUUAGUUCAUUUAUUUUUAACUGUUUGAUGGAAUAUUGUUUCAUGUUUUCUCUGAGAUUCGAUACAUGUUUUCUAUGUGUUGACAGAUUUCAUUUUCGGUUUUUUUAAAAAUUUUAUGUGUUUUUUGACUUCCUUUAUGAGUUCGCAAUGUCGGUGGAUUUCUAGUUUCAUGAUUGAUACAAGUAAAGGUUCGUUUGGUUUGUCUCGCCUGAAGAAGGAUCAAAUAAGAUCCGAAACUGUAGCGAAAUAAAUCGUUUUUAUAUUAACUUCUUUGCCUAUAUCCGAAACCUACAAUAAGUUUAUCCAUCAAAGGCAAUCUCCCAGUGGUAUUAUAUAUAUUUUUCGGUGAAAUCUCUAGCAACGUCCAUCUGUCAUGGCAUUCUUUGAGGAUAUUGCAGAUUUAUAUGAGGAAACAGCUAGAACCCUUUUAAAAGACUGGUCAUCUCUUCGGAAGAAGUUGGUGACAUUGGAGAGUAGGAAGAUGUUUUUAACAGCGUGUAGAAGGCGUAAGCUCAUUCCUAGACAUAUCAAGCAGAAUUUUGGAUCUAUUUAUGGUAUGUUGAUAUUCGAUCAUCCCUAUAAGAGAUGUGUUGAUAGAGUGAUCGCAGCAUUCAAGAAUAAAUGUCUGAAUUUGGAAAUUUGGAUCACAUUUUGGAAAAUCAGUCAGAUUCAGAGUAGUAUCAGAAUCAUAAUUGAGAAAGUCUCUUCAAUACUACCACAUGUAGUCAUUCAGAACUUCAUUUUCAUGCAGGAUAGGUCUUUUGGACGACUCAAUCAUAGAUUGUGUGCUUCUCUCAAUAAGAAAUUGGAUGAUCUUGAUGAGAAUCGUGGUGUGCUCAGGUUGGAGGAGAAUUCGGAUUGGUUAUUUAAUUGCACGGCGGUGACUCUGCCUUUCAAUGUCUGUUCUCUGUUAGCAUUGGGACCUAAAUUCAUAGCCCCACAAAAAGCAAAGAAUAUCUCUUUCUUGGAAAUUUUGAAGGACGUGGAGAAUAUAGUCCAGGAGGAAGCUUCAUCAGAAAUAAGAGACGAAAAGCGGGCUUUAUGCUCGAACAUUAUAACCAACUUCAUGAGUAGAACUUGGAUUGAUAGAUCUUUAAGACCAAUUGACCAUCACCUAAUCGAUUUGGUCAAAGAAACCAAAGUUUUCCUGAGAAGUCAUCCAGAAAUAAUUAUAUCCAAGGCAGACAAGGGAAAUCGAACCGUUGUGUUAUAUAAGUCUGAAUAUGAGGGAAAAAUGGUAACCAUCGUCGAAGAUGAAAACACAUAUAUGCUUCUAAUUAGGGAUCCUACCAUCUCCCUCCAGAAAGAAGCCAACAAAAUUAUUUCAUCAUUAUUUAGGAAGAAUUACAUCUCAAAGGAUCAGAAAGAUUCUUUAUCGAAAUACAACUGCGUUCCUCCAAAACUUUAUGGACUAUGCAAGAUACACAAGCAGGGUUUUCCUCUACGCCCAAUAGUUUCUUUUGUUGGAUCACCUGGCUAUAAUAUUUCUAAGUUUGUUUCUAACAUCCUAAGUAACCUUAACCCGAUGUUUACUUACAGUAUUAAAAACUCAACAGAAUUGUUGGAUCGCAUUGGGAACAUCGUCGUCCCCGAUGACCAUGUGUUAAUUUCUUUCGAUGCUGAAAGCCUCUACACAAAUGUCAAGAAGGAGCUUGUUUUGGAGCUUAUUCGAAAAUAUUGGCAUCUCCUGGAGGACUCAACUAGCCUGGAUCUCGGAAUUGUGGUGGAACUGGUGGAAUUCUGUUUCAGGUGUAGUUAUGUCAGCUUUAUGGAUUGUUUUUACAGACAAAUUUCAGGUUGCCCUAUGGGAGCUCCCUGUUCAUCUCUAUUUGCAAUACUCGUCAUGCAUUUCAUUUUAUCAGAGGUUCAGAGAAGAUUGGACUCCAUAUUUCUAAUUUUACUAGUUUACGUAGAUGAUAUCUUCGCUAUUAUCCCAAAAGAUUCUGUUCAACGCGUCCUAUCGAUUUUUAAUUCUAUAGUUCCUGAGAUAAAUUUCACCUACGAGUUGGAGGACUUGAAUCAUUCCCUUCCAUUUUUAGAUGUCCGAAUUUUCAGAGAUCUAGUGGGUGGAAGGCUAUCAACUGAUCUCUACAGAAAACCAACGAGCACUAGUAGGACCAUAAACUUCAACUCGUUACACCCCUUACAUCAAAAAAUAAAUAUCAUCACACAGUCUAAAUUAAGGAUUACUAACCUUUGCAGUGUUGAGUUCAGAGAAAAGAACUUCACACAUUUGAGAGAAGACUUACAUAAAAAUGGCUAUCCUGCCCGACUCAUUAAUAGUGUAUUGAACUCUCACACUCCUAACCCUCGGAGAGAAAACGCACCCUCUGAACAAACAAACGUGAAACACUUCAAACUGUUGUCCGUUCCUGGUUUGUCUAGUCAACUUAAAUCUGUCCUCAACAAGGAGAACUUUAAAAUAAUUAGUUAUUCUAAGAACACUUUGAACAACUUGGUGUUCAGUUGUCUCAAAGACAAGACUCCAAAAAAAUUCUUGUCCAAUGUCAUUUAUAAGAUUAAGUGUUGUCACUGUGAGAAAUGCUAUAUUGGCACAACCAAGCAGCACCUCACCAGUAGAAUCUCGAACCACAGGUCAUCGUGUACGACAAUUUCGAAUCAGAGAACAGCUCUGGUUGAACACCACCUCGCAACUGGACAUUCAUUCGAUUUUAAUAUAGAUAAUGUAGAGGUUCUCCACAGAGAGGACAAUUAUAGAAAAAGACUGUUCGCUGAGAUGUUUUAUAUUAAGAGAUCCAACAGUUGUGUGAAUUUCAGAUCGGACCUGGACAAUUUGAGUUCAAUAUACAAUGUAAUAAUUAAUAGAUGCAAUAGUUGA